UUCUGGUUCGGCCAAGAUGGCAGCGCCGUUGCAGGUGUCAUAACACCUGGCUUGCUUUAUUGACUGGACAUUACAGACUCCUAAACUUUUUAUGGACAAGUAUUGGGUGUUGAAUGCGCUGUAGCGACCGCGUGUAAAUGUAUAAACAUUUCAAUUCGAAAGACAUUAAUUGUAAGCCAUACUACACCAGGACGUGACAUUGUCAGUAGCCACCAUGACUGCUGAUUAGCUGUCUGGCUAGCGAGUAGCUGGAUUGUGUUUAGAUUCAUUGAUUCUGUGUCGAGCUAUGUACUACUUAAUAUGCGUUAAGCAAAUUACAAAGAUUUUACGGAAUUAGUUAUCAUAUUUGCAUAGCUUCCGAUUUGGUUCACUGCAACGUUUUGUCGCGUUAACGAUUUUCCUCAAGAUUACUUUUCUUCUGAAGUGUACACAUACCACGAUGGCAGUAAUGUGGUCUCGGCUGUCGUGCAUCGGUUUAAGCAGGGGCAAAAGGAGCAUCAGCCUUUUCUCGAACACGUCGCCUUCAAAUUGGACCAAGGUUGUUUCUGAUGCAGAGAAAAUCGUUGGAUAUCCCACAUCUUUUAUGAGCCUGCGCUGUCUACUCAGUGAUGAACUUAGCAACGUCGCAAUGCAUGUCAGGAAACUUGUUGGAACGAAGCAUCCACUUCUCAACACUGCGAGGGGCUUCGUGUACGACAGCAGGAACAACCUGCAGAUGCGUGGGCUGGUGGUGCUGCUGAUGUCCAAGGCAGCCGGGCCCAGCCACAGCAUCCCCGACCCCCAGCUACCAGACAUGGUCAGCGGCAUCUACCCCAGCCAGAGAAAUCUUGCGGAGAUCACUGAGCUCAUUCAUACGGCCUUCCUGGUGCAUCGUGGGAUUGUCAACCUGAAGGAGUGGACCAACGCUGAUGGCCCUCUCAAAGACAUGCAGUUUGGAAACAAGAUGGCCGUCCUCAGCGGGGACUUCCUGUUGGCCAACGCCUGUACUGGACUGGCCCAACUGAAUAACACUAAGGUGGUGGAGGUGAUCUCCAGUGCCAUUGGAGACCUGGUGCAGGGAAUCUACUAUGAAGGCUCAAACUCAGCAGAGGACUCUGCUUGCAUCACCGACGUCUCCCUGGCCUCCUGGGAGGACCAGACCUUCCUGUCCCAUGGUGCCUUGCUGGCCAAGAGUUGCCAGGCGGCCAUGGAGUUGGCAAAGCACAGCACGGACGCGCAGAUGCUGGCCUACCAGUACGGCAAGCACCUGUCCCUCGGCCACAAGCUUAACUCUGACCUGCAGCCGUUUGUGAAGAGCAGCAUGGUGGAGCCUCCUCCCUUCAGCCUGGACCUGGCCCCCGUGGUCUUCCACAGGCACGCCGUGGGCCAGGAGAAAUGGCUGCAGCAGCUGCAACAGGCAAGAAGUUUGGGAAGACCUAUAGAUUAUUCUAAGCUGUGGUUAACGAUCAAAUCGGGGAACGGAGUGAGCCAGGCCAUGGACCGCCGCAGUUACCACGGAAACAAAGCUUUGGAGGCCAUCAAGCGCUUCCCUCCCUCCGAGGCGCGCUCCGCUCUAGAGAAUAUCGCGUCAGUCGCCACCAAGACCUGACCCAUCAAAACACUCAACGCUGAAGGAGGACAUUUUACCUCAGCUGUCUGCAGUCACGUUUUAUAUACGCCAUCACAGAGCUACUACAGUGCAGUCACAUACGGUAUUUAUAUGAGCAGGUGUCUGCUACACUGCUGAAUUUUGGAUUCUGAAUCAGGUGUGAUGGGGAAUGGUAAACUAAAGGUGUCGGUGUGGAUGAGUUUGAUAAGCAAGAUACUGUAGAAGACCACAAAAGAGAGACGCUGCGGCUUUGUGCAAUGAAAAUAGUUCUUCAUCUCAGGCUGCCUGGUGUCGCACAUUGUUUGUCACAACUAUUUGACUGACUGGAUACUGAAUGUAUAAAAAGUUUUAAAUGACCAUGUCUGAUAUGUAUAAAGGGAUAUUAUCUUA